AUGGAUAGGAGGUUUAUUUCCAAAUAUAUGCCUCGCCUUGAUAAGCAUCUUCACUACCGUAUUGUCGACGUUUCCACGGUCAAGGAGCUGGCUUCCAGAUGGUUUCCUGAUGAGUACGCUAGAGCACCAUCGAAGAGGGGCACUCAUAGAGCCUUGGACGAUAUCCGAGAGAGCAUUGAAGAACUGCGCUACUACCGUUCAGCAAUCUUUCGUCAAACUUCCGAUGCAAACAGAUUUUAG